CGUCACAGAGAGCCGGAGGUCAAGGCGCAGGCAAUGGCAGAACGCCACAGCCCUACAUCACAGCGAGGGACCAUCCCGUCCCGGCUCGGUCCGCCACCAUCCCAGCAUGCCUCUGCCUCCGGAAGAGCGGCGGGGGCGGGGCCUUUUGUACGCCGCUCCAGUUUUCUCUGUAGUAGGGCCGGUGGAGCUGGUUGCUGGGGCAGGGGACUGUGGCGCCGUCGCUGCGGAGCGCGGCACAGUAGGAUGUUUCGCCUUCGAGUUCUUGCUGCUGUGGCAGGCUUAGAGGCUGUUUCCCGAUGUUAUCAUGGAAUGGCACAUCCCACCAGAAGCAGGCAAAGACUUAUGAUGGCAGCUUUCAUAGGAACAACUGCAGCAACAGCGAGUGCUGGACUCCUAUGGAAGAGAGCCCAUGCAGAAGCACCGUCAUCUGUAAAACACAAUGCAAGGACAGAAACUAAUGAAAAAGUGAAGGAUCAAGAAGAAGAGGAGAAUGGCGAUGAUAGAAAGACUGUCGAGUCAAGUGGUGGAGGGGCUCAGCCCGAAGAGAAGAAGAAGAAACAACGUUCUGGAUUUAGAGAUCGUAAGGUGAUGGAGUAUGAGAACAGGAUACGAGCCUACUCCACUCCAGACAAAAUCUUCAGAUACUUUGCCACCUUAAAAGUAAUACAUGAGCAUGGAGAAUCAGAGGUUUUUAUGACACCACAAGAUUUUGUGAGAUCCAUUACUCCUAAUGAAAAACAACCAGAACACCUAGGUCUGGAUCAGUUUGUAGUGAAGCGGUAUGAUGGAAAGCAAAUUUUGCUCAGCCAUCUGUGGGCAAGGAGGACGAUCAACACAGCAGAAUCAGUGGAAUCCUAUUGUGAUGGGUCAGAUAAGAAGUUAUCCCAAGAACGAGAGAAGUUUGCUGAUGAAGACAGUAUAUUUUAUACACUUGGAGAAUGUGGACUCAUCUCUUUUUCUGACUACAUCUUCCUCACUACAGUUCUCUCCACUCCCCAGAGGAAUUUUGAAAUUGCCUUCAAGAUGUUUGAUUUGAAUGGUGAUGGUGAAGUGGACAUGGAGGAGUUUGAACAGGUGAUGAACCUGAGCCCAGCAUUGGUAUCGUCCAUUGGAGGUAGGGUGAAACAAAACAGAUCUGAUUUCUGCUAUGUGUAUGUACACAAGUUCAUUCUCUUUCAGAUUAGCAAUGUGUUGUUUUUUCUUGGACCACAAUUUGUGUGGAAAACAGGCUUAAGAGCUCUGAAACUCAAAAAACAUCCUUAAUUGCCAAAUGAUAGAAAACCUCCAGAGUUGUAAGACUGAUGAAAAAGAAAGGUGAAUGCAUUCACAAAGAGAAGGAGGUAAUUAGCUAGCUGAAUGAUGAGGCACAAUACAAAACAAGGGAAUAGAUUCAGAGGAAAAAGAAGGAAAAAAUGUUAUUCUACAUUUGUCUCCAUUAUCCAUUUAUACCAACAUCAGUUAUUAUUAAUAAUAUAUUGGAUUGUACUUCAAAUGUUUCAUUUUCCUCCAGAACAACAAGACACAACCAAAAUAUUCAAAAGUAUAAUUAGAUACACAGAAUGCAAAUUAGUGGCGUGGCCAGUGUUCUAAACACUGACUCCCUUACAUAAAUAUCAACCAUAUCCUAUUUCAGUUGUAUGUUUAUGUUCUCAUCAUAGCGCCUGAGUGCCUGCCUUCAUCUCUUAUGGAAAAACUAGGCUAAGAUCUAAUGUUCAUCCAAGUCCUCUCCCCUCAAACUCCACACUUUUUAAACAAGAGGCAGAACAUUUUAAGCUCUUACGGACGUUGCAGACAUUCCGGCAUUUUCUGCCGAAUUCCUGGAUGAAUAAUAUAUCUUCUCCAUUGGAAGAGUUCCUUUGAACCUUUUCCUGCCUAGGUAUAUUAAGAAAAGCAAACAAAAUUAGUAAGAGUAAUAUCUUACACUUACUAAUAGUUUAACUUCCAAAGCAAUGUUAUAUAAAGCAAAGUAACAAUUGAUAGUGAUCUUUCAGUUUCAUUUUCUAAGAUUACCUUGUUUCUUCUUUUUAGUAUUUGGUUCCAAAACACAUUAAUCUACUGUGCUGUAAAAUACUGCAUAUAACAAAUAGUCCUUCAUUGUGACAAUUGGGAAUCAUGUCAUUUUUUCCUGUACAAUAUUUAAGCCAACCCUGAACUAUGGAGGGGUAUAAUGAAAAUUAGUUUAGCAAGCAACUCUAAAGGAGACACAGAAGCAUUGUAUGAGCAGUCUAUAAUUUUUACCAUACUUUUAUAACUCUACACAUUAUAGCUCUACACGUCGCCCGUCAGUAUUUUAUAACAAUGAAAAGCAGAAACUACCAGUUGUGUGUGGAAACACAGGAUUUGGUGUCAGACUAAGUGACCCUACCUUUGAGUCUUUUUAAUGGAGAACAAUUGGAAAGUAUGUAUGCUCAUGAAAUGGUACUCCAACUGAGAAUGUCCACGGAUAUCUGAGAACAUAAAGGUAUCUCUGAAUAAUCUAGCUACAAAUUCUUACCAUAUAUUGAUUAAUUUUAGAGGGACUGUUACACAAUAUGCUGACGGUAUGUAUUAUUCGUUGAAAACUAGGGCCAGAACAGGCAAGAUUUUAUUUUAAUUUACUUUGUUUUCUCAAAAUAAAGGAAAUCUUUGGGAUCCAUUCUGCCCCAUAUCACUUAUGGGUAUAGUAUCACUGCUGUUUGUUUACUUCAAAGGAAGAGCUGUGUAACAUGCUUUACUUCCUCCAUCUAGUUCAUUUGUUACAGUUAUGCACACAAUAGUGUGUGUAUAAUUCCCAGUUGAUAUGGAUUGAGAUAAUUGCUUGUAAAAUGAAAUUACAGGACUAUUGCAUCAAUCCAUCUCUUCCAGAGUAGAAAUAUGAAUUCAGAAUUAUUACCCAAGUCAUGGCCCCAUUCACCACUUGCGAUAGGUGAUGGGGGGAUUAAGCCCCAUCAAGCAAGGUUAAGAACUCCAAUUGGUCAUACUCUGCAUCUGAGGGAUGAUUAACUACCUCCUGGCCAAAGAAGGCGGAGCUCGUUCUUAUAAGUAGAUUCAGGCUACGUCUUCACUACCUGCCUGAAUCGGCGGGUAGAAAUGGAUCUCUCGGGGAUCGAAUUAUCGGGUCUCGUCGGGACACGACAAUCAAUCCCCGAAUCGA